AUGAACCUCUUUGUUCGAUCAAACCCAACUUCAUGCCAUCACAUUCGUGACGUUUUAAGGGCUCUUUUCUUUUCCACAGACACCACCACCAUAUCCCACUCUCUGAACCAUAGGAUCACCAUGGUGAAAGAUCCAAUGGUCCCUAUUAUUCCAGUUAUAGAAAAAUGGGUUCAAGAAGGCAAUGUUGUUGAAAAUAGGGAGCUCAAACACUUCAUCAGAAAACUCCGUAAAAACCAUCGUUUUAGCCACGCUCUUCAGAUAUCACUAUGGAUGAGUGACAAAAGCGGGCAUAAUUUAUCACCUGGAGAUGUUGCGGUUCGGCUGGAUUUAAUCUCGAAAGUUCAUGGCUUAGAACAAGCUUUGACAUAUUUUAAUAGCAUUCCUGAGAGUUUAAGAGGCUUGGAGGUUUAUGGUGCUCUUUUAAACUGCUAUGCACAUUAUAAACGUUUAGAGGAAGCGGAAGCCACAAUGCAAAAAAUGAGGGGGAUGGGGUUUGUAAGAAAUGCGCUGUCUUAUAAUGUAAUGCUAAACCUCUACUAUCAGAUGGGAAAAUAUGAGAAACUAGAGGUUUUAAUGCAGGAGAUGGAAAAGGAGGGUAUUGGUUGUAGCAGAAUCACAUACAAGAUUUUGUUGAAUGCUUAUGUAGCCACUUCCAACAUUGAGGAAAUCGAGAAAAUUUUAAUGAAGAUGGAAGCAGAUCCUUUCGUCAGUAUUGACUGGUAUGCUUAUGUUCUUGCAGCAAAUGGUUACUUGAAAGCUGGCCUAAUUGAUAAAACUUUGUCAAUGUUGUGGAGAUCAGAGCAACUAAUCAGUGGUAAGUCAGGAAGGUUUGCUUGCGAAAUUUUUCUCUCUUUAUAUACUGCUGUUGGGUAUAAAGAAGAAGUGCAUCGUGUGUGGAAUUUGUACAAGACUAAAGGGAGGUCCUUGAACUCGAGCUAUCUUUGCAUGAUAAACUCAUUACUGAAGUUGGAUGAUUUUGAUGGUGCUGAUAGGAUUUGGGAAGAGUGGGUUUCCAGUAAGAAAUUUUUUGAUGUUCAAAUUCCAAAUGUGAUGGUCAGUUCUUAUUCCAAAAAGGGCCUUUGGGAAAAGGCUGAGGCAAUUGUAGGCAAGGUUGUAGAGAGUGGGAUCAAGAUUGAAGCCAGCACAUUGGAUCUUCUAGCGACUGGAUAUCAUGUAGGCGGUCAGAUGCUGAAGGCAACGGAAACAAUAAGGAAAGCAAUAUCAAUAAGUCAACCAGUUUGGAAGCCGAAUAUGUAUACUUUGUCUGCAUGUCUCGAGUAUUUGAAAGGUCAGGGAGAUGUUGAAAAGACAGAAGAGCUUUUGAAGAUACUUGAGGAACAUUGUCAUCUAUCAUCAGUUUCUUAUGAUGGGUCAAACAGCAGUAUCAUUGACCAAAAAAACCUGUGUGCCAGAGCUCUUGAUCAUAUGGAAGGUGAAGACCAAACUCUUAACAGAGAAACACCUGCUUCCAUGGAGUUCAAAGACAAAGAUAGCGCUGAAUUAUGA